AUGUCGACAGAGAGUUGCGAGGUCCAGCACCAGAUUGACUGUCUGGAAGCCUGGGUUCUCCAAGCCGUGGAGCAGUUCAAACCUACCAAGGGCUUGCUGAAGGUCAGCAGCGUGAACAACCAGCUAGGAGUUCUGAUCAAGCUGGAUGGGGGAGUCGAAGAUGUUCUGGCGCGACUGCAGAGGGAGGAUAUUCGCCAGCUGGUGCAGAACCACGUCCAGGUGGGCUGCGAUUUCACGGCUUCCUUGGUGCUGGAUGGAAGCGGUCAUUCGGAGACGCUGCUGGUUCUGCGGUUUUUGGAGAGGAGUCAAGCCAGAGCGCCGGAGAAGGGCCCCCGGAGCUUGUGUCGGGAGGAGAGGUGUGCACCGCUCAUCGAGAUACAUUGCCAGGCUCGUCCAGAGGGGCUGGCACUGCAUCUCGUCUCGCCUUCCGCCGCCGAGGCGCAAGUAUUCUUGCAACAUCUGGAUUUGCGAGCCCGACAGGCGAUUUCCACCCGUACCCUCGCCGAGAUACCGGGGGAGACUGCGUCUGCUGCGUCCGACAGCGAGCUCCGGGUGAUCUGGGGCUGGAAUGCCACCGUUCCCGCUGCGGUGCCGAGAUGUGUUCACGAUAUCAUUGCCGAGCAAGCCCAACAGCAGCCAUAUGCGCCAGCAAUCUCUGCCUGGGAUGGCGAGCUGGACUACGAGCAACUAGAUCGGAUUGCCACCCAGUUAGCCCACUACCUGGUGCAGCUGGGUGCUGGACCGGAGGACAUCAUCCCCCUCUGUUUUGAAAAGUCCAAGUGGAUGAUCGUGGCGAUUCUGGCCGUGAUGAAGUCGGGGGCUGUCAUCGCCGCGCUGGACCCGACGCAGCCCGAGGAUCGCCUGCGAACCAUUGUGAAGCAACUGCAGCCACGAUGGAUGCUGGCAUCGCCAGCAUCCAUGGGAUUGGCGAGCCGCCUGGGAAGCAGCAGUGUGAUCUCUCUCAACGACGGCCUCGUGCAGCAACUGCCCGACGCCAAAGACAGAGACCUGCCAGUUGUUGAUCCCGCCAGUGACCUGUACGUGGUCUUCACGUCGGGCAGUACAGGAACGCCCAAGGGCGUCAUGAUCAACCAUACCAACUUUAGCAGCGCCAUUGCCUACCAGCAGGAUGCCCUGGGGAUCAACGGCACGGCGAGAGUGUUUGACUUUGCUUCCUACGCCUUUGAUCUCGCCUGGGGGAACAUCAUCCAUACCCUGGCCGCCGGGGGGUGUCUCUGUAUCCCUUGCGAAAGCGAGCGCCGGGGGAACAUCACCGAGGCAAUCCGCCGGCUGGGGGUGAACCAUCUUCAGCUGACCCCCAGCGUUGCUCGCCUUAUUGAUCCCCAAGAGAUCCCCGACGUGCGGUUGAUCCUUUUGAUCGGAGAGCCGAUGACCCAGGCCGAUGUUGCGCAAUGGACGCCGUAUUGCACCCUGAUCAAUUCCUACGGCCCUGCCGAGUGCACGGUGGCGGUGACCUUCCAGACAAUCGAGCACGGCAAGCCCUGGGACUCAAGCAUGGGCAAAGGCGUCGCGUGCAAUACCUGGAUUGUGGAUGAGGCCCAUGGAGACCGGCUGGUGCCUCUUGGCCACACCGGCGAGUUGUGGCUGGAGGGGCCGCUGGUGGGACAAGGAUAUCUGGGAGACUUGACCAAGACGGCGGCGAGCUUUGUAGAGGAUCCUGCCUGGCUGACACAGGGGAUCCCCGGUUUCCCGGCACGCCGAGGCCGGCUAUACAGAACGGGGGACCUGGUGCGCUAUAACCGGGACGGCUCGCUGGUCUACGUCGCCCGCAAGGACACGCAGGUCAAGCUCCGGGGCCAGCGCGUAGAGCUGGGCGAUGUGGAAUAUCAUCUGCAGCUUGCACUGCCCGAGAAAGUGCUCGCUGUGGCGGCCGAGGCCAUCACCCCCCGGGGCGGCAGUAGCCCUAUCCUGGUGGCAUACCUGGCUCUCGGCGAAGCAGCAACCAGCACUGCAGAGACCACCCGGGAGAGCCUUGCCAGCUGCAUAGAUGGAGUGGAGGAGUACCUGGUCGAGCAGCUGCCUCGCUACAUGGUACCCAGCAUGUAUGUGGCCGUGCCCCAGAUGCCGAUGACCACGACGGGGAAGACAGACCGGCUCCGCCUGCGUGAGAUCGGGUCGUCUCUAACCCUCGAUCAGCUCGCCGCAUUGCAGCCGUCGCGAACAGUGCCGAGCGAGGCUCCGCAGACCGAGAUGGAGCACCGGCUUCAACAGCUCUGGGCGGCAACGCUGAAUAUAAGCCCCGGCAGCAUCAGCAUAGGAGAUAGCUUCCUCCGGAUCGGCGGAGAAUCCAUGGCUGCCAUCCGCUUGGUGCAGCUCUGCCGGAAGGAGGGCAUCACGCUGACCGUGGCCGAUAUCUUCAACCACCCGCGGCUCGCCGAGAUGGCGCAAGCAGCCCAGCGUGCACGCCCUCUGGACGCACCGCCAACCGUCGCUCCGUUCUCCCUGCUGCGCAAGGGCGAAGAGGUGCGGGAUUGCUGUGCUCUGGCUGCGGCAGAAUGCGGCGUUGCAGCAGACUCCAUCGCCGAUCUCCUGCCCUGCACACCUCUCCAGGAAGGCCUGUUGGCGUUGACUGUCAAGCAGGCCGGCGAAUAUGUCCGCCAGAUUGUGUCUGAGCUGCCUGCCAGCGUGGAUAUGCUACGCUUCCGGGCUGCCUGGGCACAGGUGAUCCAUGAAGCGGCGAUACUGCGAACCAGGAUUGUAGACCUGCCAGACGUCGGGCUCCGGCAAGUUGUCCUCGCCGGACAGCCUGAAUGGGCUACCGGCAGUGAUUUCGAGCACUUUCUGGAGUGUGAGGAAGCAAGGCCGAUGGGACUGGGGACCCCCUUGGCGCGGUUUGGCCUCGUGUCGGAUGCAGCGCAGGGCAAGGCCUUCUUCGUGUGGACCAUCCAUCACGCUCUGUAUGAUGGCUGGUCACUGCCAGCGAUGGUGGAGCGGAUGGAAGCCAUCUAUGCCGGCGAGAGCCUUGAGGACGCGCAAACCUACUGGAAGGCUCAAUUCGAUGGGAUCCAGGCGGCGGUGUUUCCCUCGUUGCCAUCGCCCGAGUACCAGCCGCAAUGCCGGGAUCUGCUGGAACACCGUGUGGGCGACGUUACGUGGCCCGGGAAUGAUAUCACAGCCUCCACGGCGGUGCGAGCAGCCUGGGCGAUCCUCACAGCCCGCUAUACACAGUCUUCAGAUGUGAUGUUUGGGGCCACCGUCUCCGGAAGGCAAGCACCAGUCCCCGACAUUGAUCGCAUGGCUGGUCCAACCAUUGCCACCGUUCCGAUCCGCGUGCAGGUGCAGGGAGGCGCCACGGUGGCCAGUUUGAUGCAGAGCAUCCAGGCCCAGGCCGUGGCAAUGAUCCCGUUUGAACAGACGGGGUUGAAGCAGAUCCGGCGCAUCAACUCGGAUGCAGAGCAGGCCACCCAGUUCCAGACCCUGUUGGUGGUGCAGCCGCCGAGGCAAGAAGCGUCGCGGCGGUUGGACAAGUGUCUGCUGCGCGUGGAUCUGGAUGCUGGCGACGAAUUUCGCAGUAUCAACACGUAUGCGCUGAUGGUGGAGUGCCAUCUCGAGUCGGACGGGAUACGUCUGCGGAUCAGCUACGACCGCCAGGUGAUGCAAGGGGAGCAGGUCGAGAGGGUCGCCAGGCAGUUCGAAGCCGUCCUCCGCCAGGUCUGCAGCCAGGAGAGCGCAGAGGCGCUGGUGCGCAGCAUCACGGCCGCCAGUGAACACGACCUGGCGCAGGUCUGGGGGUGGAAUGCCACCGUGCCGCAGACCGUGGCGGAAUGUGUCCACGAUCUCAUUGCGCAACGCACCCAGCAACAGCCCGAGGCACCGGCCAUCUGCGCCUGGGACGGCCAACUGAGCUAUCGGGAACUGGACGUGCUCUCCACGCAGCUGGCCGUCUCCCUCGUACAACAGGGAGGUGGCCGCAGCACGGUGAUUCCCAUGCUCUUUGAGAAGACUGUGUGGACUCCGGUGGCCAUGCUGGCGGCCAUGAAAGCAGGCAGUACGGGGGUUACGAUGGACCCGGGGCAGCCCGAGGAGCGACUGCAGUCGAUCGUCAAGCAGACACAACCCCCGUUCAUUCUGACCUCGGACACAUACAAGCCUCUGGCGGCUCGUCUCACGGAACGCACCAUCUGCGUGAGCGCGGAUGCCCUGCCGGCGCAGUCCUCGGAAGAUGUUGAUUCUUCUCCGGCUCUACCGACUGUGCUCCCGACGGACGGACUGUAUCUGGCGUUCACCUCGGGCAGCACAGGAACGCCCAAGGGCGCGAUCAUGUCGCAUCGAAACACGCGCAGCGCCAUCCACCACGGCCUGCACGCCUUGGGGCUCACCUCCACCACCACGCGGGUGCUGGGGUUCUCCUCGUAUGCCUUUGACGCCGUGUGGUUGGAGUUCCUCUACGCCAUGGCGGCCGGGGGCUGUCUGUGUAUUCCGUCGGACACGCAGCGGAACAGCGGCGAUCUGGCCGGGUGCAUCCAACAGCUGCAGGUUAACCUGGCGCUUCUGACUCCGUCGACGGCGCGGCUGCUCGACGCCGAUGCCGUGCCGAGUCUCAAGACCCUGGUGCUGAUCGGCGAGGCCGUCACCAGCGACGACCUGGCCCGAUGGGCGGGCAAGGUCGAUCUAAAGAACGGAUACGGCCCUGCCGAAUGUUCCGCCUUGACUGCAAUCUACACCUUCCAGGGCCCGGAAGACGUGCCUGGCAUCGUCGGGCCUCCGGUCGGGCUCCUGGCCUGGGUCGUCGAGCCAUCAGACGGGGAGACUCUCAGCCCUCUAGGGGUAGCCGGCGAGCUGUGGGUGGAAGGGCCUCUCGUGGGACAGGGAUACCUGGGAGAUCCGCAGAGAACCGCCAUGAGCUUUGUCAAUGAUCCCGUCUGGCUGCUCCGGGGAGCGCCCGGCCACCCGGGGCGGCAGGGCCGACUCUACAAGACCGGGGAUCUCGUGCGAUACACCUCCGACGGCAGGCUGGUCUAUGUGACUCGCAAGGACACACAGGUCAAGAUCCGAGGACAGCGUGUUGAGCUGGCCGAGAUCGAGCAUCAUAUCAAACAAGCCACCAGGGCAUCGGUGGUGGUUGACAUGGCCAGCCCCCGGGGCAGCCAAGCCCCGGUACUGGUGGCCUAUAUCGCCGUAGGGGCCGUCGCCAUGGGGAGCCCUCCAUGGAGCCCUCCAGGGAGCCCUCCAGGGAGCCCUCCAGGGAGCUCUCUGGGAAGUGCAAAAGCAGCCCUGCAGCGGUGCAUCCACGGGGUCGACGCGCAUUUGAAUCAGCAGCUGCCCCGGUACAUGGUGCCGAGCUUCUAUAUCCCAGUGGCCGAGAUCCCAUUGUCUGCCACGGGCAAGACGGACCGCCGGACACUGCGCGACAUGGGCUCCUCCUGGGCUCUGGACCAGCUGGCAGCGCUGCAGCCGGGUGUGAAGCAGGGGCGCGCACUGCCCCAGAGCCCGCUGGAGGACAGCCUGCAGCAGCUCUGGGCGGAGGUGCUGAACGUUGAUCCUGCGCGCAUCGGCAUGGACGACAGCUUCUUCCUGCUUGGGGGGGACUCCAUCUCGGCCAUGCAAGUGUCGGCCAAGUCCCGGGCAAAGGGGGGGAUGCGAGUGACGGUGGCGGAGAUUUUCGAGUUCAAGACGAUUGCGCGCCUUGCCCGGCGGGAGCUGCAGUCGGAAGACGAGGCUAUUGUUGGCAUUGACGACGGGGAGCUGCUCGCCACCCCCUUUGCCCUCUCUCCCAUCCAGCAGUUUUUCUUGGACAUCCAGCAGGAAAAGGAGGGCCAUUUCAACCAGAGCUUUCUGGUCCGCAUCGCUCAGUCGCAGCAGCCAGACGACGUGCGGCGCGCCCUCCACCUCAUCGUCGCCCGGCACUCGAUGCUGCGUGCGCGCUUCUCCCGCGGCGGCGAUGGGGUGUGGAUGCAGCAGAUCGCAUCGGACGAGUCCUAUACCUGGCAGCAUCAUUGUGUCGUAUCGCUGGAUGACGCAGUCCCGCUGCUCAACAGUGCUCAACACUCGUUGAACAUCCAGUCCGGCCCCCUGUUGGCUGUCAAUCUCAUCGACACGCCGGAGAGCCAAUACCUCUUCCUCACGGCACACCAUCUGGUCGUUGACCUGGUCUCCUGGCGCAUCAUCCUCGAGGAGCUGGAAGAGUGCCUGCGAACAGGCACCGUCUCGGCCUCCUCGGCGCCGCUCUCCUUCCAGACCUGGUGCCGAUUGCAGGAAAUGCACGCCCUAGACCAUUUGACGCCCGCGACUGCCUUUCCGUUUGAUGCUGUCGCCCCGCCGGGGGAAGAAUACUGGGGACUAUCCCCGGAGCGCAAUACACACGGCGGCAUACAGGAGGCAGGGUUUAUCCUUGGUAGGGAGACGACCGAGAUGCUCCUGGGGCCUGCCAACGACGCCUUCCAGACGCAGCCAGUCGAGCUGUUCCUCGCCGUGCUGGUACACUCCUUUAUCAACAUCUUCACGGACCGGGACCCUCCGCUCGUCUUCAGCGAGGCCCACGGGCGAGAGCCAUGGAGCUCGGCGAUCGACCUAUCGCGGACGGUGGGCUGGUUCACCACGCUGUCGCCUGUCCCAGUGGCCGCCGACUCGCGUCAUCUCAGCAUCCCCGAGUUGGUGCGGUUGAUCAAGGAUUGCCGACGACAGAUCCCCCGGAACGGGUGGUCGUACUUUACAUCGCGGUACUUGAACGCCGCCGGAAAGGAGGCUUUUGGCCGCCAUGGCUGCCCGGAGAUUGCGUUCAACUACCUGGGUCUCUAUCAGCAGCUGGAGAGAAACGAUGCGCUUUUCCGAUCCUGUCCCACCCUACAAGAUAGAGUGCUGGAUGUGGCAGGCCAUCUACGCCGGUUGGCCUUGAUCGAUGUCUCCGCCGAGGUCACCCAAGGCUGCCUGCAGUUCCGCUUCCUUUCCAGCCGCCACAUGGGCAAGCAGGAUACCCUGACGGAGUGGAUUGGGGCGUGCCGGCAGGCAUUCGAGGCAACGGCCGUGCAGCUCGUCGAAAUGCCUCCCACCUACACCGUGUCCGACUUUCCGUUGCUGCCCUGGAGCGAUGCAACAUGGAAGCAGCUGCAGACACUCGGACUGGUCUACGGCGAGGUCGAAGAUGUCUACCCAUGCUCUCCGCUGCAGCUCGGGAUUCUCAUGAGCCAGGCAAAGAAGCCGGAGAUGUACUGGACCCGGGUGCGCUGGCUCGUCCGGGCCAGCACGGAGGCAUCGUCGCCCGUGGAUGCUGGCCGACUGGAGCGUGCCUGGCGGGCCGUCGUCGCACGCCAUGCAGUGCUGCGGACCCGAUUCACCGACAUCCUGGAUGGAUACAGCUACCAGAUGGUGCUGAAGGAUGCCUCGCCCAGCAUCCACACCAUCCAAUUCCCAGCCUCGGUCGAGCCUCGGACUGCCAGCAACGAGUCCGUCCGACCAGUACAUUCGCUUGUCCUCUGUCCGAUGGCAAACGGAGACCUGGUAUGUGAGCUGGAGAUCAACCACGCCAUCAUCGACGCCGUCUCGAUGCGAGUGCUGAAGAAGGAGCUUUGCGCCGCUUACGACGGGACGCUUUCUUCGGCGGCUGGCCCCCUGUACAGCGACUAUAUCCGACAUCUACAGUCCUUAUCCACGACAGCAGCUGGAACAUACUGGCGGACACGGGUUGCAGACAUGCAGCCAUGUCUGUUCCCGACUCUGAACGAGCCCAUCACGGCCCCCAGCCACGCAGCGGCCGUGGCAUGCCUGCCCAUCAGCCCGGAGACAGACCAGGCCGUGCGCCAGUUCUGUAGAGACCAUGGCCUGACCCCGGCCAACGUGUGCAGUCUCGCCUGGGCGUUGGUGCUCCGCUGCUACACUGGCAGCGACUCGGUCUGCUACGGCUCUCUAAUGUCCGCGCGCGAUGUGCCCAUAGCUCGGGUGGAGCAGGCGGUUGGACCAUUCAUCAACAUGGUGGUCAGUCGUGUCGAGAUUGACUGCACACAAACCCUGCUCAGCAUGCUGCAAGAUAUCCAGACAGAGUACCUGCGCGGGCUGGAACACAACCACUAUCCGCUGGCCGAGGUCCUGCAUGCCAUGAGCCCCGAGGGAGACCCCAUGUUCAACACGGUCCUCUCGGUACAGAGCGGUGGCGGCGAGCUGGAUCUCGCCACGGCCUCGAUUACCCUUGAAGACGAGACAUGGCACGAUCCGAAUGAAUACGACAUAGCCGCCUCGGUCCUGCUGCUGGACGGCCGCCCACGCAUCUCGCUGAACUAUUCCCAGCACCUGCUCUCGGAGGCGCAGGUCAACGCCGUGGCGGCGACCUUCUUGCAGGCUCUGGCGAAUAUCGUGGGCCAUGCAGACUGCCGUGUGGGCGAUCUUAUUGAGACAACCAUCAGUCCGCAGGAUCUCGCCACGAUCCGUGGGUGGAAUGCGACAGUGCCAGCCGCCGUGGCCAGUACGGUGCCGGCGCUGAUUGCGCCAUGGGUGAAGCAACAGCCUCAUGCCGUCGCCGUGUGUGCCUGGGAUGGAGAUGUAUCCUAUGCACAGCUGGACGAGUGGGCCACGCGGCUGGCACACCACCUGCUCGCUCUUGGGGUGCGCCCACGCUCUAUCCUGCCGCUGUGCUUCGACAAGUCGCGGUGGACGACAGUGGCUAUGCUCGGCGUCCUCAAGGCAGGCUGUGCUGCCGUCACGAUCGAUCCGGAGCAGCCGACGGAGCGAUUACGGCUUGUCAUGAACAAGACCCAGUCGGUGAUUCUGGCCUCUCCGGCGUGCCGCGACCUUGCCAGUCGACUGCGAGCGGAGGUGGUCAUCGUGGACGGACCCUCGCUGCAGGCCAUGCCUGCCGCUGGCUCGUCCUCGCUGCCCACGAUCCAUCCCUCGGACCGGCUCUUCCUGGUGUUUUCCUCGGGGACCACAGGCACCCCCAAGGGGUCUGUCAUGACACAUCAGAACGCGUGCUCGGCCGUUCUGCACCAGCAGAGGCACCUGGGGCUGCCGUCGCCAGCAGCACGCAUCCUGGACUGUUUGUCGUAUGCGUUUGACGCUCCCUGGUUCAAUUUUCUGCAUGCGUUAACCUCCGGUGGCUGUCUGUGUGUGCCAUCCGACGAGCAGCGCAAGCUCGAUGUCGCGGGCUGUAUCCGCCGUCUCAACGCCAACUACACGGUGCUCACUCCCUCGGUGGCGAGGAUCAUGGAUCCUGCGACGGUUCCCGGAUUGAAGGUCCUUGCCUUGGUCGGCGAGGCCAUUGCGGCGGAGGAUCUUGCUCGAUGGCCCAACGUGCGGCUGUUCGGCCUGUACGGUCCCUCGGAGUGCACCAUCGCCACCACCAUCCACCAGUUCACGGCCGGCAUGGAUGACGCCCGGACGCUGGGCCACUCCUACGGCCUGACGGCCUGGGUGGUCGACCCUCUGCAGGGCUCCAGUCUGGCUCCGCUGGGUGUGACGGGCGAGCUGUGCGUCGAGGGUCCGCUUGUCGGGCAAGGGUAUCUUGACGAGCCCGAGAAGACCGCCGCCAGCUUUGUGGACGACCCCGGCUGGCUCUGGAGUGCAGUCGGACGUCGUGGCCGGGUGUACCGCACUGGCGAUCUCGUCCGAUGCCGUCCUGAUGGAUCGCUCGUGUAUGUUGGGCGAGCAGAUAGCAGAGUCAAGAUCCGCGGGCAGCUGGUAGAACUGGGCGAGGUGGAACAUCAUCUCCGCCAGACAUUGCCCGCCGGGAUGGAUGCACCGGUGGUCGUGGACCUUGUCUGCCCCCAUGGAAGUGCAAAUCCGGUGCUGGUCGCCUUCCUGCCCGUCGGAGAUGAAGCCAUUCUCUCCCCCGAGGCUACGGCUGGGGCCAUGCACCGGUAUACCACCGGCGUCGAGGACCGUCUUGGUGCGAGACUGCCCAGCUUCAUGGUGCCUCGCAUCUAUAUCCCCGUCGCAGAGAUCCCUGUCGCCACGACAGGGAAGGCCGAUAGACGCCGGCUGCACCAGGUUGCAGCGUCAUAUACGCUGGAGCAGCUUGCUGCGCUGCAGCCGUCGCGGCAGAUGCGCCGCGCACCCACCACCGAGAUGGAGCGCCGCCUGCAACAGCUAUGGGCGGUGAUCCUGGACAUUGGCGCCGCCAACAUCGCGGCCACGGACAGCUUCCUGCGCAUUGGAGGCGACUCCAUCGGCGCGAUUCGAAUGGUUCGUUUGGCGGCAGAGCAAGGCAUCAGGCUCACUGUCGCCGCCAUCUUCAAAUCGCCGACUCUGUGCGACAUGGCGCGCGUGGCCACGGUGGCAAUGUCCUCCAGCGAUACCGAGAUUCUCCCCUUUGAACUGCUCGCGCCGGAGAUCAAUCCCUCGGAGGCGCGAAUGCAGGCGGCGGCGCUGUGUGCGCUGAGCCCGUCGAACAUCGAGGAUAUCCUUCCGUGUGCGCCUCUGCAGGAAGGCCUGCUGUCGCUGACGGUCAAGAACCAGGGCGACUAUGUGAACCGCCAGGUGCUGCGGCUGCGCGAAGGAGUUGAUCUGGCACGCUUGCAGCACGCCUGGAAGCAGGUCGCCAUGGCCACGGCGAUUCUCCGCACCCGUAUCGUGGACCUCCCGGGCCAAGGACUCGUGCAGGUCGUUACUCGCGAGGGUCCCGAAUGGCAUCACGGCGAGACCCUCGACGCCCUGAUACAGGCGGAUCGACAGCGCCCCGUUACCCUUGGUACCCCCCUGUCGAGAUUCGGCUUGGUGAAGGCCCGCGGGCAGAGAGCUGGGCCUGUGUAUGUCCUGCUCACACUCCAUCAUGCCCUCUACGACGGCUGGUCGCUGCCUCUGCUUCUCGACGCCGUUGGCAAGGCUUAUAAUGGCACUGCAAGCGACCGCCUGGUUCCCUUCAAGGUCUGGAUCAAGUAUGUGACGGCCCUCGGGGCAGAGACCGACGCGUAUUGGCGGCGCACUCUGGAUGGCCUGGUCGCAGAGCCCUUUCCGGCGCGGUCAUCGCCUCUGUAUCACGCUCGCGCCCAGGACGUGCUGGAGCACCAUGUCGCCGGGCUGCAGUGGCCGCAGAACCAUAUCACCGCCGCCACCGCCGUCCGUUCAGCAUGGGCCAUCCUCACGGCGCAUUACACCAACUCCGCCGAUGUGCUCUUCGGAGCGACGGUGACUGGCCGCCAGGCGGCCGUGGAGGGAGUCGGCCUGGUCGAAGGACCGACGAUCGCCACGGUUCCAGUCCGCGUCACCAUCCGGGAGCAGAUGAGUCUCGCGGCGCUGCUCGAUGAGGUCCAGGAGCAGUCCGUCGAUAUGAUCCCCCACGAGCAGGCCGGGCUGCAGCGCAUCCGGAAGCUCAGCGCCGACACGGAGCGAGGGUGCCAGUUCCAGACGCUGCUGGUGGUGCAGGCAGCCCCGGCGAUGGACGGAGCCGACGCCCAACAGCUCUUGUUCGACGAGGAAGAAGACUACCUUGUCGAGCAGACGAGCCUCGGGGACUUCAAUUCAUAUGCUCUCCUGCUCCAAUGCCAGGUGACGGCCACGGGGAUGUCUCUCCAGAUCAGCUACGACUCGCAUGCCAUGGCCCAACCGCAGGUGCAACGGCUUGCGCAACAGUUCGAGCAUAUAGUGCGCCUCGUGUGUGAUGAAUCGCAGCAUCCCUCCCCCGUCUACCACCUGGAUGUUCUGUUGGACGCCUGCUUCCACGAGCUCAUCUCCGCGCAGGCCCAGCGACGACCAGAUGCUCCCGCCGUGGCCGCCUGGGACGGGAGUCUGACGUACGGCGAGCUGGACACGCUCUCCCACAAUCUGGCGUGUCAACUGGUUGACCUGGGCGUCGGCCGUGACGCGGUGGUGGCGCUGUGCUUUGAGAAAUCCAUGUGGAUGCCCGUGGCGAUGCUCGGCGUGAUGAAGGCCGGCGGUGCGUCGGUGACGAUGGAUAUCACGCAACCGCAAGACCGUCUGCGCACAGUUCUGCAGCAGGUGCAGCCGCCGCUGGUGCUGAGCUCCCUCGAGGCCGAGAAGCUGGCCCGCUCGUUGACCGACACGCCUGUCCAUGUGGUGUGUGAGGAUGGCUUGAAGACAUCCCCGCCCGGCCGUCGGUUGCCGGUGGUGGUGCAACCCACGGACAGGCUGUACAUCUGCUUCACCUCCGGCAGCACGGGAGUGCCCAAGGGCGCCGUCAUGUCGCACCGGAACAUGACCAGUGCCGUGCACCACCAGCAGACGGCGCUGGGGUUCACUGCGGCGGCGAGGGUGUUUGACUUUUCGUCGUACGCAUUCGAUGCGUGCUGGCUGAACUUCCUGCACACAAUGGCGGCCGGAGCUUGUCUCUGCAUUCCCUCGGACGAGGAUCGCAAGAACGACCUGGGCGGAUGUAUGCGUCGCAUGGCAGUGACCUAUGCCGCCCUGACACCGUCCACUGCACGUCUGGUCGAUCCGGCCUCCAUCCCAGAGCUGCAGACCCUCGUGCUCGUUGGCGAGCCGGUAGCCUUGCGGGACAUUGCCCAGUGGAAGGCCCAUGUCCAGCUCAAGAACGGCUAUGGCCCGGCGGAAUGCAGUGCCAUCUCCACCACGUUCGAUCUCGGCGUCGGCGAUCAUGACCCGGCCACCAUCGGCGCUGGCAGAGGCAUGGCCACCUGGGUCGUCGAGCCUACUCAAGGCCGCCAUCUGUCGCCGUAUGGCGCCGUGGGCGAGUUGUGGGUUGAAGGCCCCCUCGUUGGACUGGGGUAUCUCGGCCGUCCGGAUCUCAGUGCGGCCAGCUUCAUCGAUAGCCCGCCAUGGUUGCCGAGAGAGGGCCGUCUGUAUCGCACGGGAGACCUGGUGCGGUAUAGCCCGGAUGGAACUCUGGUCUGUGUCGGCCGCAAGGACGCCCAGGUCAAGAUCCGCGGCCAGCGCGUCGAGCUCGCCGAAGUCGAGCAUUAUCUCACCCAGGCCUUGCCCCCAGCUGCCGGCGGUCUCCCUCUGGCAGUCGACGUGCUCACCCCCCGAGGCAGCGCCCAUCCCCUGCUAGUCGCGUACAUGGCGAUAGGGGAGGCCGCGCAGGGCCCGCCAGAGACAGUCCGCGCCCAGCUGGCCCUCUACAGCCAGGGAGCCCGCGAGCGUCUGGCGGAGCAGCUGCCCGUCUACAUGGUGCCCGGUCUGCUGCUCCCCGUGGUGGAGAUCCCAACCACAGCCACGGGUAAACGAGAUGGACGCCGACUGCGUGAGAGGUGGGAGAUGCGGUCCUGGGACGAACUGGCAGAGCUGCAACCGACUCGAGGUAACCACCAAGCCCCGACGACGCAGCGGGAAGAGCAGAUCUUGAAGCUGUGGGCGGACUGCUUGAAUAUGCGGCCCUCCAAGGUCAGUGUUCACGACAGCUUCUUCGCUCUCGGGGGGGACUCGAUCUCCGCGAUGCAGGUGUCGGCCAAGUCCCGGGCACAGGGGCUGCAGAUCACCGUCGCGGACAUCUUCAAAUACAAGACCGUUGCUCGACUCGCGGUGGGAGCUGCCGCAGUGGCUGACCAGCCCAUGACACCGGCAUUACACAGCCAAGGGGCGUCCUUUGCCCUGUCCCCGAUACAGCAGAUGUUCGCCGAGACACAGGGGGGGGUCAGCAACCACUUCAACCAGAGCUUCUUUGUGCAAGUCCGGCAGCCGGUGACUCUGGCUCAGAUGCAGGCCGCCGUGGAUGCCCUGGUGGCCCAUCAUGGCAUGUUGCGCGCGCGGUUCCAUUGCAGCGGGGAGAAUAUCUGGAGCCAGCAGAUCCUGGCCCCCGGGACGCCAGGGAGCCAUCGCGUCAAUCAGCACAAGGUGAUCAACAUGGAGGCGGCCUCGGCAGUGAUUCAGGACAGCCAAGGCGCCCUGGACAUUGAGAAUGGCCCGCUCAUGGCCGUGGACUUGAUCGAUGCCCCCGACGGGCAGUACCUGUUCCUGGUCGCCCACCAUAUGGUCGUGGACCUGGUAUCCUGGCGGAUCAUGCUGGCCGAUCUCGAAGAGCAUUUGACGACCGCGUCUCUGACGGGCUUCACUUCCAUGUCCUUCCAGACGUGGUGCCAGCUCCAGGGCGACCACGCCCAGAGCCACUGCGACAUGGCCGCCGUGCUGCCUGCAGGAGCGCUGCCACCGUCGCCACCGCAGCUGGAGUACUGGGGACCGGUCCGCAGCUCCAACCGGUUCGACAACAUCAUCAAGGGUGGCCUGGUCCUGGGGAAACAGGAGACGGAGAUCCUGCUGGGCCCUGCGAAUGCGGCGUUUGAUACCCGGAUGGUGGAGAUUGUGCACGCCGCCAUCGUGCAUUCCUUUGCCAACACGUUCCACGACCGCGAACCGCCGACGGUCUUCAGCGAAGGCCAUGGGCGGGAGUCCUGGAGCUCGUCAAUCGACAUCUCCCGCACCGUCGGCUGGUUCACCACGAUGUUCCCGGUGGUCGCGACGAGCAGGCAAGGAGAUAGCAUUGCCAGCAUCGUGCGCCAUGUCAAGGACCGCCGCCGCCAGAUCCCGGGCAAUGGCCGGCCAUACUUUGCCUCGCGCUUCCUCACGCCGGCGGGCAAGCGGACAUUGCAGAUCAACGGCCCCGUCGAGGUGAUUUUCAACUACCUCGGGCUGUACCAGCAGCUCGAGCGGCCAGACGCCCUCUUCCACCUGCAGGACCUGCCGGACGGGGUGGACGAGCUGUCGGACGUCUCGCGGCAGCUGUUCCGCUUUGCCCUGGUGGACAUCUCGGCAUCAGUCAGGGCUGGCUGUCUGCAUGUGGACUUUCUCUACAACCAGCACAUGCAACACCAGGCAUCUCUCAGCGCCUGGAUCGAGGCCUGCAAGCACUCCCUGCAGACCGCCGCGAACGAGCUCCCCCUGCUGUCGCCGAGCUUCACGCUGUGCAGCUUCCCGCUGCUGCAUUUGACGGAGCCACGACUGGCGAGGCUCACGCAGCGGCUGGCAGAGCUGGACGUGGCAUCCGCGCAGGUCGAAGACAUCUAUCCGUGCUCGCCGGUGCAGGACGGCAUACUCAUGAGCCAGAUCAAGAACCCGGAUCUGUAUCGGACCCGGAUCCGGUGGAUGGCACGCUCUGCACAGCCGCCGUCGAGCUGUGUAGACAUCGAUCGGCUCCAGCAGGCAUGGCAGCAGCUGGUAGACCGCCAUCCAGCCCUUCGUACCGUCUUCGUCGACAGUAUCUCGGGCAGAGGGCUCAAUGAUCAAGUCGUCCUGCGCGCUCUCCCGACCUCCGUCUUCACUCUCUCCCCGACAGACGCCGGCAUCCUGUGCGAGCUGUCGAUGAACCAUGCCCUGAUCGAUGCCUUUUCGCUGGGGAUCCUCAGGGACGAGCUGUGUGCUGCGUAUGACGGGUGCCUCUCUCCAUCCCCGGCACCUCCGUACAGUGACUACAUCGGUUUUAUCCAGUCCCUGCCCACUGAACAAGCCGAGGAAUACUGGCAACUGCAUCUCCGAGGCAUUCAGCCUUGCAGAUUCCCCCCGCUGGCCGGUGCAGACGUACCAGGCCGACGCUCACAGGCCCAUAUCCUGACUUCCUUUGAGAGCGAGCUGCACCAGGCCUUGCGCCGCUUUUGCAUGGAGCAUGGCCUGACCAUGUCGAACGUGUUCCAUGUCGCCUGGGCACUGGUCCUGCGGGCGUAUACGGGCUUGGAGACAGUCCUCUUUGGCUAUCUGACGUCCGGCCGGGACAUUCCUUUGCAGCACGCAGAGCAGACUGUCGGUCCCUUGAUCAAUAUGCUGGCCAGCCGCGUCGAUCUGGCCGGUAGGGACUCCCUGAUGGCCCUGCUGGAGAAGAACCAGGAGCAGUAUCUCGCCAGCUUGCAGUUCCAGCAUUACCCAUUGGCCAGGGUUUUCCACUUGACCGACACGCCCGACAAGGAGCUCUUCAACACAGCCAUCUCCGUGCAGACCAGUGGCUCUGCGGCCAGAGGCAGUCGGUCGAGUCUAUUGCUUGUCGACGAGGGGGGAGACGAUCCCACCGAGUACGACAUUCUCAUCAACGUCGGCGUCGGAGAGGAGGAAACCGGCGUCAACUUUUCCUUCAACGAGUCGGUGAUAUCUGAGAGCCACGCACAGAGUGUCCUCGACCUGUUCCAGCAUGCCAUUCUGUAUAUUGUUCAGCACCCAGACCAGACAGUCCAGGAGGCCAAUCUCAUCAGCAACCACGACCUGCAGACCAUCUGGGGCUGGAAUGACGCCAUCACGGUGCCGGUACACCGCUGUGUGCACGAACUCGUCAUGGAGCAGGCCGAGAAGCAACCCGAGGCCGCUGCCAUUUGCGCGUGGGACGGCGGCUUCACAUACGCACAGCUCAACGAUCUGUCGACGCAGCUGGCAGGCCACAUCCACGCGGCGGGCGUUGGACCGGGUGCCUACGUCCCGUUGCUGUUUGAAAAGUCGCGGUGGAUGUCUGUAGCCAGCCUGGCGGUCAUGAAGGCCGGGGCAACAAUGGUAGGCUUGGAUCCUGCGCAGCCGCAGGACAGACUACGGACCAUCCUCACGCAGGUCCGGCCUCGUCUCAUCCUGGCCUCAACGGGGACUCACGCCCUUGCUGCCGGGCUCGCCGAUUGUCCGGUCUUCAAGGUGGACGAAAGCAGUCUGUCCGAGCUGGCCAUCUCCGGUGCGGCAGCGUUGCCUCGCGUCGAUCCGGCCAGCGUCCUGUACUUGGUGUUUACCUCUGGCAGCACCGGGCUGCCCAAGGGAGUGAGCAUCACCCAUAUUAACCUCAGCACCGCCAUCACGCAGCAACGGCAGCUGCUCCGACUGUCUGCCUCGUCGCGAGUGCUAGAAUUCGCCUCGUAUGCGUUCGAUGUCGCCUGGGGCACCAUCCUGCACACUCUUGCCGCCGGUGGCUGCGUGUGCGUGCCUGAGGAGUCAGAACGCCGCGGCGACAUCGCGGCCGCAAUGCGGCGGAUGGAGGUCAACUACGCGCAUCUCACACCAUCAGUCGCCCGUCUGCUGGAGCCGAAGCACCUACCACGUCUCCAAACCCUCGUCUUGAGUGGCGAGGCGGUCUUGCGGGCAGAUAUGGAGCAGUGGAGCUCUCACGUCCAUCUGAUCAACGCGUACGGGCCUGCUGAAACCGCAGUCUGGGUGACAUUUGCGCAUCUCAGGGCGGACAUGGCCAUGCCUCACAUUGGAAGGGGCGGCGGCUGCACCACAUGGAUUGUUGACCCCUGUAGCCCUGACCGACUGGCCCCCGUGGGCUGUACGGGUGAGCUCUGGAUAGAAGGGCCCCUGGUAGGACUCGGCUAUCACCAUGACGCGGAACGAACAGCCGCCGCCUUCGUCAAGAACCCGCCAUGGUUGGUGUGGCCAGGGGAAUCGCAUGGCCCUGGACGAGAGAGACGGCUCUAUCGCACCGGAGACUUGGUGCGGUAUACGCCCGACGGGGCGAUUGUUUUCAUCGGGAGAAGAGACAACCAGGUCAAGAUACAUGGCCAGCGAGUCGAGCUGGAGGAAGUCGAGAAGCACAUCCAGCAGACGAUGCUCGACAAUAACGAAGCAGCAGUGCCUGUGGUGGCGGCAGUCGUCUGUCCCAAGGGCGCCGACAAGCCCGUUCUGGCGGCGUAUCUGGCUCUGGGGGAUCAAGCAAUAGGCUCGAUGGAGAGUGUUCGCACCGCGCUGACCAGCUAUACCAGCUCCAUCCAGCAAGCCUUGGAAAGGCACCUACCAAUGUAUAUGCGGCCGACCAUCUACAUCCCCGUGGCCGAGAUGCCCACGACGACGAGCGGAAAGGCAGAUCGAAGGAAGCUCAAAGCCAUGGCAGCGAGUCGCUCUCUGGCCGAAUGGGCGGACCUCCAGUCCACCAAGGGCCAGGGGCGUGCCGCAUCGUCGCCGGGGGAGCUGGCGCUGCAGCGGCUGUUCGCCCAGGUGCUCAACAUCGACCAAGAGCUCGUCGGAAUGGACGACAGCUUCUUCUCCCUCGGCGGCGACUCCAUCACGAGCAUGCAGCUGUCGGCCAAAUCGCAGUCCAGCGGCGUCCACGUCACGGUGGGCGAUAUCUUCAAGCACAAGACCGUCGCGCAGCUGGCAAGCCAUGCCGGGCACACAGCAGCCAGCACGGCCGUGCAGCUGCCAGAAGUCACCAACCAGCCGUUUGCCAUGUCUCCAAUCCAGCAGCUGUUCCUUGCCUCCUCGCACGACAACAAGGGCACGAACCUGUUCAGCCAGUGCUUCCUGGUCCGAAUCGCCCGUCCCUUGGAUGCCGACGAGCUCCGGCACGCCGUCGGCGUGCUCGCAGCCCGGCAUUCCAUGCUCCGGGCUCGCUUCGUCCCCGGGGGAGACGGGGUCUGGCAGCAAAUGAUCGUGCCGGAAGCCGACAGCUGCUAUACAUUCCGACGGCAUCACAUCACCAGUCUGCCAGAAAUGCAGUCGAUCCUGCAGCGCAGCCAGGAAUCAUUAGACAUUGUCCAGGGCCCGAUGCUGGCGGUGGAGCUGAUCGAUUCGACUCACCAUGGCCAGCAUCUCUUCAUGGUCGCCCACCAUCUCGUGAUUGACCUUGUCUCGUGGAGAAUCCUCCUGGGCGAUCUGGAGGAGUACAUGAGUUCGGGGACCAUCACCGGCUUCCCGCCAUUCUCAUUCCAGUCCUGGAGCCAGCUGCAAGCCAACUAUGCGCGAGAGCAUCUGUCCCCCGAGACGGCGAUGCCCUUUGACGUCAGUCCCCCGCGGCAUGAAUACUGGGGAUUGAGCGCCGAGGACCAAACCAACACCCUCAGCAACGCCGGUCGACACAGCUUCACGAUAGACAAGGAUCUCACGGACAUCCUCAUGGGUGCGGCCAACGUCGCCUUGGAUACGCAGCCGGUCGAGGUGCUCCACGCCGCCCUGGUGCACGCCUUCGCACAGGUCUUCCGGGACCGCGACUCACCCCCAAUCUUCACCGAGGGCCAUGGGCGGGAGGCCUGGGACCCGGCGAUUGACCUGUCGCGGACGGUUGGCUGGUUCACCACCAUCUCGCCGGUGGCAGCGGCGAUUACGCGAGAGCACAGUCUGACAGAGGUGGUGCGUCGUGUCAAGGACUCGCGCCGGCAGACACCACGCAAUGGCUGGGCCUACUUCAGCUCGCGGUAUCUCAAUCCAGCUGGGCGGAAGCGACUCCAGAUCAAGGGCCCCGUGGAGAUUAUCUUCAACUACAUGGGCUUGUACCAGCAGCUGGAGCGCCCGGACUCCCUAUUCCAGCAGUCUGAUAUCACCGUCACCGAGUGCCCGGCUGCAGCCACGACGCUUUCUCGGUUUGCGCUGAUCGAUGUGGCCGCCUCUGUUGUACAGGGCCGGCUGCACUUCGAGUUCCUCUACAACAAGACGAUGAACAGACAGGACCGAAUUCACGACUGGAUCAACACUUGUGAGGCCUCGCUCAAGGCCGCCGCAGAGACCCUGCCGCUGCAGAAGCCCAGCUAUACCAUCUGCGACUUUCCCCUGCUCUCGCUCUCCGACGCCUCCCUGGACGAGCUGGUCAAUAGAACCCUCCCCGGGCUUGGUCUUUGCUACGGCCGCGUUGAAGACAUAUACCCCUCUACGCCGAUCCAGCAGGGCAUCCUCCUGAGCCAGGCAAAAAGCCCGGAGCUGUACUGGACGCGAGUACGAUGGACGGUGCAGCCGACGGGCACAUCGCCCGUCGUCGACCUUGAUCGGUUGAAACGCGCCUGGCAGCUGGUCGUGGACCGGCACUCGAUCCUGAGGACGAUCUUUAUUGAUGCCGUCGGGUCCGGCAAGGUCAUGGACCAGCUCGUUCUGAAGACGCUGGCUGUGGAUGUCGACGUCGUACAGCAGCAGCAGCAGCAGCAGCAGCAGCAAUGGCACUCCAGGGAGACACCGCAGCAUUCACUAUGUCUGACGCAAACCCCGUCAGGAGGCUUGUUCUGCGACCUGGAGAUCAACCAUGCGAUGAUCGAUGCGUAUUCUCUGGCUCUGGUGAGGCAGGAGAUCUGUGCAGCCUAUACCGGCACCUUGCCGUCAACCGCCGCGGUGCCCUACAAGACAUAUGUGCAGCAUGUGCAGGGAGUAGGCCUUGAGCAAGGCCACCGGUUCUGGAGCCGAUACCUGGACAAUACUCCGCCAUGUCACUUUCCAUCUCUCGGCCAGCCGGAUACCAACACCCGCGGGGCGCUGUCCGUCUCAUUGGACUCGCCAACCCAUCAGGCGCUGCGUGCUUUCUGCCAACAGUAUGGGGUCACCGCGUCAAACGUGUUCUAUCUGGCCUGGGGGCUUGUCCUGGGUGCCUACACUGGCCUGGACACGGUCUGCUUUGGCUAUCUCACGUCCGGGCGGGACGUGUCCAUCCCAGGGGUGGACACGAUUGUCGGACCGCUCAUCAACAUGCUGGUCUGUGUUCUUGAUUUCGGGACAGAGGCAUCCAUCCAGUCAGUUAUGAACAAGGUCCAGGAGGACUAUCUCGCUGCCCUGGAGCAUCAAUUCGCGCUCCGGCUUUCCGGCACCUCUGCUCAGGGCCUCUUCAACACCGGCAUCUCCGUUCAGGGCGGUUCUAUUGAUCAAAACCAAUACGAUAUUGAAUUGACGGACCAGACAGGCCUGGAUUCACCCGAGUACGACAUUGCCGUUGCCAUCUCCAGCAAUACCGACGAGACGGAGAUUGCAUUCGACUACACAGCCGCGACAAUGUCCGAGCAAGGCGCCCACGGUCUGGCAGAGCUGUUCUGCCAGGUUGUCGCCGAUGUCAUCCGCCUCCCUGAUCAAACACUCCGUGCAGUAGAGGUGAUCAGCAAGCAGGAUCUGCAGGCUCUCUGGACGUGGAAUCGGACAGUUCCCGAGACGGUGAAUGAAUGUGUUCAUGAGAUGAUUGCACGGCGGGCAUCCGAGAGGCCCGACUGUCUGGCAAUCCAUGCCUGGGAUGGAGAGCUCACAUACCAACAGCUGGACCGCCUGUCGACGCGACUGGCGCGAUAUCUGGUGGAUAUACGAGUCAGACCAGAGAAGUCCGUGCCUUUGUGCUUUGACAAGUCCAUGUGGAUGCCUGUCGCUGCCCUGGCGGUGAUGAAGGCUGGCGGCGCAUCUGUGGCCAUGGAUAUGACCCAGCCGGAGAAGCGCCUGCAAGGUAUUGUGCAGCUCAUCCAGCCGGAUCUGCUUCUUACAAGCACUGCAAAUCUCAAGACUGCCCAGCAGCUAUCCCCUCACCUCCCCGUGGUAGCCAUUGACGAGGCCUUCCUUUCACAGCUCCCACCCCCCAGGUCGCUGUGCCUGCCAACCGUCUCGCCCUCCAGCCAUCUCUAUACUGUCUUCACCUCGGGCAGCACCGGCACGCCAAAGGGGGCAGUCAUCAGCCAUGCCAACUUUGCGAGUGCCAUCGUGCACCAGACAGGCCUCCUCUCGCUCAGGCCGGAAUCUCGUGUCUUUGACUUUGUCUCGUACGCCUUUGACGUUGCCUGGUCGAACAUGCUGCACACGCUGGCCGCGGGGGCGUGUCUGUGCAUUCCGUCCGAAGCCAUGCGGCGCGAUGGCCUUGUCGAAGCCAUGACGGCGAUGCAAGUGACGCAUGCCCAAUUCACCCCGUCCAUGGCGCGCACCGUGGACCCGGACCAAUGCAAGACGCUCACAACGCUGAUCCUGGGCGGCGAGGCCAUCUCCCAGCACGACAUUGCCGUCUGGACCCCCCGGGUGCAGCUCCGUGUUGCGUACGGUCCCGCCGAGUGUACGGUUGCCGGCGUCAUGGACCCGGUUCCUCAACAGUCGGCAGGCCGCGACGUGGGCAGGAUCGGGCGUGGGCUCGGGAUCAACACCUGGAUCGUCGCCGUCUCGGAUGCAGCCAGCCUGGCGCCCCUGGGCACCGUGGGGGAGCUGUGGCUCGAAGGGCCCCUGGUUGGGCUGGGCUACCUUGACCAGCCUGAAAGGACAGCCGCGAGCUUCGUGGACGACCCGGCGUGGCUCCUGCGCGGCGCCCCUGGCGUUCCUGGCCGUCGAGGCCGCCUAUACCGAACCGGCGAUCUCGUCCGCUACAGCUCUGAUGGCAGUCUCAUCUUCGUCGGACGCAAGGAUAGCCAGGUCAAGGUCCGUGGGCAGCGUGUCGAGCUGCAAGAAGUGGAACAUCACCUCCAGGCCAACCUGCGCGAGACCACUGGGAUCGUUGCCGAUGUGAUCAAGCCGCAGGGCACCAGCAACGCCAUUCUCGUCGCCUAUGUCGCUGUCGGAGAGAGCAUCGACUCCCCUCUGGAGAACAUCCAUGCAGCCCUACAACCGCUGACCCAGGGCCUCACCGAUGCUCUUUCCGCCCAGAUCCCGCAGUACAUGGUCCCGAGCAUGUAUCUCCCUGUUUUCAAGAUCCCAACGACCCUGACAGGCAAGGUCGACCGCAACCAGCUGCGUACAUUCGGAUCAUCCCUGACGAUGGACCAGCUGGCACGAAUGCAGCCCCCGCAGGGAGGCAAGCAGCUGGCCCCCGAGACCGAGGUUGAGAGGCUCCUGCAGCAGCUGUGGGCAGAGAGCCUCAACAUCAGUCAGGAAUGCAUCGGGGUCCGCGACAGUUUCUUUGCCCUCGGAGGCGACUCGAUCUCGGCGAUGCAGCUGUCGGGAAAGCUGCGCUCCGCAGGGUUCCGCGUCACAGUCCCGGAUAUCUUCAAGCUGAAGACCAUUGCCCGUCUGGCCGCGAGUGCGACAGCGGUGCAGAGACGGCCAACAGUCGUCUGGGAGACUCGUGAAGAUGAAGCAUUCGACCUGGCGCCUGUGCAGCAAAUGUUCAUCGAGGUGGUGCGCGGCAAGACCAACCACUUCAACCAGAGCUUCUUCCUGCGCAUCGUCCGGCCGGUCCAGCCAGCAGAUGUGCAACGCGCCCUGGAUCGGGUGCUUGCCCACCAUCCCAUGCUGAGAGCACGCUUUGUCACGGACGACAGCGGACAUUGGACGCAGCAGAUCGUUCCCUGUGCCCCGGGCGUCUACCGAUUCCGCCAACACGACGCCUCGUCUCUGGAAGAUGCCUUGCCGGUGCUGGAUGCGAGCCAGGUAUCCUUCAAUCUGGCCGCCGGGCCGCUCUUCUCGGCAGAUGUGCUGCAGAUCCGUGGCAGCGGCGAGCAAUAUCUGUACCUGGUGGCGCAUCAUCUCGUGGUGGAUUUAGUGUCGUGGAGGAUCAUCCUUGGGGACCUGGAGGACCUGUUGACUGCAAAGACCUCUUCACCCAUGCCGCCGAUGCCCUUCCAGGCCUGGUGUCAACUCCAGGCUGCCCAUGCCCGCGACCACCUCACUCCCGCGGCGGCGAUGCCCGUGGAUAUCCCGCCGCCGCAGCAAGAGUACUGGGGGGUGGAUGCGGCCACCAACACGUUUGGCAACGCCAUCCACCGCAGCUUCACGAUGAGCAAGGAGGUCACGGAGAUGCUUUUGGGGCCCGCCAACAGAGCCCUUGAUACCCAGCCCGUGGAGAUCCAGCAGGGCGCCCUGCUCUACUCCUUCACGCGGGUGUUUCGCGAUCGGGCGUCUCCUACGGUCUUUAGUGAGGGACACGGCCGUGAGCCAUGGGAUGCCACCAUCGACCUGUCACGGACGGUUGGCUGGUUCACCACCUUGCUUCCCACUGUGGCCUCCAUCGGGCCGGAUGAUACGCUCGUCGAUGCCAUUCGCCAGACAAAGGAUGCUCGUCGUCAAGUCCCGGGAAACGGCCGCCCAUACUUUGCAUCCCGCUACCUGAACGCCGAAGGAAAGGAGGCCUUUGGGGCCCAUGGCCUGCCCGAGAUCACCUUCAACUACCUGGGGCUGUACCAGCAGCUUGAACGAGACGGUUCCCUGCUGCAGCCCGCUGCGUUGCCCCCGGGCAGGAAGCCGGAUGUGGAUGAGGCAGUGCAGCGGUUUUCGCUGAUUGAAGUCUCUGCAGCGGUGACUCGGGGCUGUCUGGAGCUGAGCUUUGUGUUCCAUCGGCACACAAGACAUCUGGAUAGGAUGGAGGAAUGGGUGGCCCAGUGCAAGCAGUCUCUCGAAGCUGCGUCCAAAGUAUUGGUCCAGCAUCCCCCAAGCUAUACACGCUGCGACUUCCCGCUGUUGCGCCUCACAGAGCCCGCCCUGCAGACUCUGCUGCACUCGACUCUUCCGCAGCUCGGCAUCUGCCAUGGAGAGGUCGAGGACAUCUAUCCAUGCUCGCCCAUUCAGCAGGGCAUGCUGCUGAGCCAGGCGAAGAACCCGGCUGUGUAUUGGACGCGCAUUCGCUGGCAGGCCCGGUCCUGCGAGCCGACAUUGCCUCUAGAUCCUGGCCGACUGGCUCAUGCUUGGAGGCAGGUCGUUGCCCGGCAUCCGGUGCUUCGGACCAGGUUCAUCGAUGGCCUGUCGCCUCACAGCUUCAAAGACCAGCUCGUACUCAAAGCCAGCGAGGCCGAGAUAUGUGUGAUGGUCGAUGAGGAUCCCGUCGCCGCUCUGGAGAGAUACUGGGAGCAGGCGCAGCGGCACCACCACCAGCUUCACACCCUUGCUGUGGCCCAGAUGCCCUCCGGGGAGGUCUUUUGUGACCUCGAGAUGAACCAUGCCAUCACAGAUGCCAUGUCGACCGCCCUACUCAAGCGAGACCUUCAAGCGGCAUACAAUGACACCCUGCCGGAUGCACCGGGCCCCUUGUAUGGAGACUACAUCCGGCACAUCCAGUCGAUCCCCGCGGCGGUGGGCAUUGACUACUGGCGGCGGUAUCUCGACGGUGUCCCUGCCUGCAUCUUCCCGACAAUGGCAGAUGGGCAGAAGAAUGCGAGCGGGUCAAUGCAUCGGAUGCUGGACCCGGAAACAAACCUCAAGCUGCAACGCUUUCUCAAGACAAACGAGCUGACGGCGUCCAACGUUUUCCAGCUCGCAUGGGCGUUGAUCCUCCGCAGCUUUGUGGGCUCGGAGACCGUGUGCUUUGGCUAUCUGCUCUCCGGCCGCGACGUCGCGGUUGACGAGGCCGACAAGAUCAUCGGGCCCUUGAUCAACAUGCUGGUGAGCCGCGUCCGGCUCGACGAGGGCUGCAGUCUGCUGGAUAUAAUGAGGCAAAACCAGGCGGACUACCUGGACAGUCUCCAGCACCAGCAUUGCUCUCUGGCGCAGAUCGCCCACUCGUCAGACGGGCCGGCGGAAGCGCUGUUCAACAGCGUCAUCUCGGUCCAAGCCAUGGAUCUGCAGAAGAGGAGCAAGGAUGAAGAAGCCGGUCUCUGUCUGGAGGAGCAGGAUGGCCGUGAUCCAACCGAGUACGACAUCAUGAUGAACAUUGGCCUUGGAGAACAGCAAACAGCGAUUACAUUCAGCUACUCCCCGGGCGUGCUUUCGGAGCAGCAGGCCGCCGGCAUUGUUGACUCCCUGCUGCAGGCCGUGCGGGAAAUCAUCCUCGCUCCCUCCAAGACGGUCUCCCAGGUGAAGCUCUCGACCGACCAUGACCAGCAGACCAUCUGGAUCUGGAACGCCUCUGUGCCGCGCACCAUCAACGUUCCCGUCCACAGCCUGAUCGACAGCAAGGUCCGGGAGCAGCGGGAUGCCGACGCCAUCUGUGCCUGGGACGGCGAGUUGACCUACGGGCAGCUCGACGACCUAUCCACAUGUCUGGCCCGUCAUCUGCUAUCUCUAGGGGUCUCUUCGGACACAGUGGUCCCUCUGUGCUUUGAAAAGUCCAUGUGGAUGCCUGUGGCCAUGCUGGCGGUCAUGAAGGCCGGAGGUGCUUCGGUAUGCCUGGACGCGAGCCUGCCCGAGGAGCGAUUGCGUGCCAUCGCAACGCAGACACAACCUCGGGUGAUUCUCUGCUCGGAACUGAACAACGAAAGGGCCAGCCGGCUGGGCGUCAACCUGAACGUCGUUGCUGUCGGCCAGCAAUUGCUCGCCGAGCUGCAGGGCUCCGGCGAAACGGCAGCGCUGCCUGUGGUUGAUCCGUCGCACCGACUCUACGUGACGUUCACCUCUGGCAGCACGGGAACCCCCAAGGGCGCCAUCGUCACGCAUGCCAACGUCAGCAGUGCCCUGGUGCAGCAGCAGGAGGCCCUGUCGUUUGGGCCCCAUGUGCGCGUCUUUGACUUUGUGUCCUAUGCGUGGGAUGUGGCCUGGUCCAACCUGCUGCGCACGCUGGUCGCCGGCGGCUGUCUCUGCAUUCCGUCCGACUCCCAGCGCCGACAGGGCGUUGAAGAUGCCAUGGCCCGGCUGAGGGCCAACUGUGUCACUCUGACGCCCAGCGUCGCUCGUCUGCUGAACCCGGCGGCGGUGCCGCAUCUGAAUACCCUGGCCCUCAUCGGAGAGCCGCUCUCGCAGGCCGACAUCGUGCGGUGGGCGCCUCACGCCGACGAGAUCAUCAACACGUACGGACCCUCCGAGUGUCCAGCCUGCGUCACCAUCAAUCGGAUCCCGCUGGACACCGUGUACGAACCGACUCUCGGCGCGGGCUCUGUCUGCGUCACUUGGAUCGUAGACCCGGACAACCCGGACCAGCUGGUCCCGGUGGGUGCGAUCGGAGAGCUGUGGCUGGAAGGGCCCCUGGUCGGCCUGGGAUACCUGGGGCUGCCGGAGCGCACCGCCGAAAGCUUUGUGGACGCUCCUCGCUGGCUGCGGGCGGGAUAUGCCAGCUGCCCAGGCCGUGGCGGCCGGCUGUACCGCACCGGCGACCUGGUCCGCUAUACGCACGACGGGGCGCUCGUCUACAUGGGACGCAAAGACUCGCAAGUCAAGAUCCGCGGCCAGCGCGUGGAGCUGGGAGAGGUCGAGCACCACGUCCGUGAGGGGAUCGCGCACGUCUCGCCGGCGACGGAAGAUCUCACCGUCGUCGCCGGGGUUGUCACGCCGCGCGGCGGCAGCAGCAAGAUUCUGGUUCUCUAUCUGGGCCUCGGGGAAAUGGCCACGGGCCCUGUAGACCGCAUCCGAGAGGCGUUGGCACGCUACACCAGCGGGCUGGAUGGGUAUCUGGCGGACAUGCUGCCCCCCUACAUGAUCCCUAAUAUGUACAUCCCCGUCGCGGAGAUUCCCAUGACGACUACGGGCAAGACAGACCGAGGCCGCCUGGCCCGCGCCGGAGCCUGCUAUACCUUGAGUGAACUGGCCGAGAUGCAGCCCUCCCGGGGGCAGCGGCGGCCCCCAGCCACCGCCAUGGAGCAGCGGCUCCAGCAGCUGUGGGCGGCGGUGCUGGGGCUCGAUGCCAGCGCCAUCGCCGCCGACGACAGCUUCUUCCGCAUCGGCGGCGAUUCGAUUGCAGCAAUCCGCCUCGGCCAGCGGGCCAGCGAGGACGGGCUGGCGCUGACGGCGGCGGAUAUCUUCCGCAAACCCCGUCUCUGCGAUCUGGCUCUCCUCCUGCGUGAGGCCCAGGCCGCGUACGAGGACCCCCAUCCCUUCUCCCUGGCUGCCGGCAUCGCUCCCCUCGUGCAAUGGCCCCCGGAGCACAUCGCCGACGUCUAUCCCACGACGGACCUCCAGAACGUCUACGUGUCUGCGGCGGUCAGCGCCCAUCGGGGCGAGGUCGAGUACAUCUACAUGGAUCUUCCCCAGGGGGUGGACGUUGCGCGCGUCCGUCGCAGCUGUCUGGACCUGUGGCACCAUCUCGACAUGCUUCGCACGGUGUUCAUUGUCGACGGCCAGGGCCGUCGACUGCAAGUCGUCCUCGCCAACGUGGAGCCCGACAUCGCCGUGCAUCACACCGAGGGCGAUCUGGCCGCCGCAUGCGAGGAAGCCUACAGCGAUGAUCUCCAAGUCUCGCUGAGCCUGGGCCGCCCCUUCACGAGGUUCUUCGUCGUCUCCGCCGCCGACGGCCGCGCGCGAUUGACCAUCCGGCUAUCGCAUGCCCAGUACGACGGCUUCAGCUUGCCCGUCAUGUUCUCUGUCUUUGCGGCCUUCUACCGUGGCCAGCCACCGCCCCGGGCCCCGAAGUUUGCGGGCUAUAUCCACCAUGUGCAGACCCAGCGACAAGCCGCGUACCCCUACUGGCGCUCCCUCUUACAGGGCUCCUCCAUCACCCAGACCAGACACCUGUCCGUGGCCGAUAUCUGCUGUCAGCCCGACCAGCUCGUUGGCCGGCUGGUGCAAUCCAAGACCACCGUGCCGGCGCCGCGCGAUCUGCCGGGAUUCACGUCGGCAACGCUCUUCACGACUCUCUGCGCCCGCAUGCUGGCGCACACGACAAAUAUCCGCGAUGUGGUCUUUGGGAGUGUCGUCUCCGGCCGGUCAUCGUUGCCAAUCGGCCUCCAGAACGUGGCCGGGCCCUGUGUCAACACCAUCCCCGUCCGUGUGAGGAUCGAGGCAGAACAGUCCCUGGAGGAGCAGCUGGCCACAGUUCACAACCAGCACAUCCAGAGCCUGCUCUUUGAAACCAGCCAGCUCAGCGAGAUCGCCGCUCACUGUACUGACUGGCCCGCGGACGCGCAAACCCCCGAGCUGGUGGUUCAGUUCCAGAACCUGGACAACCUGGAGCAUGACCAAGGCACUGAAAUCCAGGGCAUGAGCAGCACACUGGCAGCAUAUGAGCAGCGCAACCGGUCCGUGAACAGUGAUUUCAUCUUCCUCUUGGCCAAGCCGGUGCAAGACUCAUGGGAGAUAUCGCUGUCGGCGAACUCCAAGCUUCACAGCCAAGAGACCCUCGAUGCGAUGCUCAAGGAGUUAUUGACAAUCAGUCUUUGCCUCUCACUGUUCUGCGUCUCCCUGGACGAAACAGUGCUCGCUACAGCCAUCCCUCGGAUCACAAAUCAAUUCCAUUCUCUGAACGAUGUGGGAUGGUACGGAAGUUCGUAUCUUUUCGUGUUCACGGCAACCCAGAUAGCCUGGGGAAAGCUGUACACGAUGUAUCCUGCCAAAUGGGUGUUCCUCAUAGGGGUGACUAUAUUCGAGAUAGGAUCGCUUGUCUGCGGUGCCUCUCCCAGCUCCAGCACCCUGAUCGCGGGCCGGAGCAUCUCGGGAUUCGGCGCUGGCAGCAUCAACGCCGGCGCGAUUGUGAUUGUUACCAACACGGUUCCUAUGCGAAAACGGCCAAUCUAUCUGGGGUUUCUAGGGUGUGUUCAUGGAAUAGUCAGUGUAUCAGGACCAUUGAUUGGCGGUUUGCUGACGGAUCAUGUCUCAUGGCGAUGGUGUUUCUAUCUCAACCCGCCCCUUGGAGUGAUCACAAUCCUGGGGAUUAUUUUCUGUCUACCUCAUAACCAGCCCUCGUGCGGGCAUCUCGGCUGGAAAGAAAAGCUUCAGUCCAUGGAUCUUCUGGGCUCAGCGUUCUUUAUUCCAGGGAUCCUGACGCUUCUGCUGGCCCUGGAAUGGGGAGGUUCACAGUAUGCCUGGGACAAUUGGCGGAUCAUCAUGCUCUUCAUCCUGUCGGCUGCCUUGCUCGUGGUGUUUUCCGGCGUUCAGCUCCGCGUCCAGGGUAACGGGACAAUCCCCCCUCGCCUGGUUAGGGAUCGAAACAUGCUGGGUCUUAUUGCCUACCUUGUUGGUAACUGUGGGGGGUUGUUCAUCUUUGUGUACUAUCUGCCGCUUUGGUUGCAAGCCAUCAAGGGGUAUUCCGCUGCCAAAUCUGGCCUCGCAAUCCUGCCUACCCAGCUGGGAAUGGUUAUUGCAUCUCUAGCCGGGGGGCUCCUGGUCACCGUCGUCCGUUACUACACCCCCUUCCUGAUCGUGUCCUCGCUGAUGGCCGUCGCGGGAGCCGGCUUGCUGAGCUCACUGCAUCCGUCGUCCCCCCUGGCGAACAUCCUGGGAUACCAGGUGGUGCUGGGCAUCGGCAUCGGGCUCGGAGCCCAGAACGCAAUGGUCGUCCCGUCUGUGAUUUGCGCCCCGGGCGACGUCGUCAUGGCCAUUGCGACGCUCUGCUUUCUGCAGAUGCUGUCCAGCUCGGUUGCUCUGACGAUCGGGCAGACGGUUUUCCACAACCAGCUGGUGGCCAAUCUACGUCGCAGCGCCCCGUCCGUGGACGUGUCUCUUGUGGAAGAUGGCGCGACGCUGCUCCGGCAUCGCGUGCCGUCAGAGCUGUUGCCGUCGGUCCUGGGGGCCUACAGCAAGGCAAUCACGGAGACGUUUUACGUCGGUAUCGCUCUGUGCGCUCUAUCGCUCCUUGGGUCGGCCUCCAUGCAGUGGAAGCAAGUCCCUGGUAACAAGGGCGUGGGAGACGAGCAGGAGCAGCCUAGCGACGGCGAUGUUUCUCUGCCUCCUGCAACUGAACAGAAGACGUGA